AGGCGGAGGAAGCAGAGCCCUCCUCCUCCUCCUCACCCAGACCCCCAUCCCAGGCGGAGGAAGCAGAGCCCUCCUCCUCCUCCUCACCCAAACCCCCAUCCCAGGCGGAGGAAGCAGAGCCCUCCUCCUCCUCACCCAAACCCCCAUCCCAGGCGGAGGAAGCAGAGCCCUCCUCCUCCUCCUCACCCAAACCCCCAUCCCAGGCGGAGGAAGCAGAGCCCUCCUCCUCCUCCUCCUCACCCAAACCCCCAUCCCAGGCGGAGGAAGCACACCCUCCUCCUCCUCACCCAGACCCCCAUCCCAGGCGGAGGAAGCACACCCUCCUCCUCCUCACCCAAACCCCCAUCCCAGGUGGAGGAAGCAGAGCCCUCCCGCUCCAUGGCGGGGCCCAGCCCGGCCGAGCAGCUCCGGGCCGAGGCCUCGUGUCCCGUGUGCCUGGAGCUGUUCCAGGAGCCCGUGUCCAUCCCCUGCGGCCACAGCUUCUGCCGGGGCUGCAUCGAGCGCUGCUGGCAGAGCUCCCGGGGCUCCUUCGCCUGCCCUCGAUGCCGGAACGUGGCCCCGGAGCCCGGCCUGAGACCCAACCGGGAGCUCGGGCACGUCGCUGACAUCGCCCGGGGGCUGCUCCCGGCGGCACCGGGGACCCUCUGCGGGCGGCACCGGGAGCCGCUGCAGCUCUUCUGCCGGGACGAGCGGGCGCUGCUGUGCCUCGUGUGCGGCCGCUCCCGGCUCCACCGCCUGCACCGCGUCGUGCCCGCCGAGGAAGCGGCCCAGGAGUACAAGGAGCAGAUCCAAAACUGCCUCCAGGCUUUGAGGGACGAGAGAGAAAAAUACCUGGAAAGCCGAAAAUCCGGCGCCCAGAGGAGUUUGCACCUGGACAAAACCAGGAGCGAGGGGCAGCGGACGGCGCAGGAAUUCCGGGAACUGCAGCGAUUCCUGGAGGAGAAGGAGCGUCUCCUCCUAGCCCAGCUCGGGGACCUGGACAGGGCCAUCGGCCGAGCCCAGGACGAGGCGCUGGCCAAGGUCUCGGAGGAGUUAUCCCAGCUGGACACCCUCGUCUGGGAGAUGGAGGGGAAAUUCCAGCAGCCCCCGAGCCACUUCCUGCAGGACCUCCAGCAGCUCCUGGACAGCUGUGAGAUGAUGAAGUUCCACCCCCCGGCCGAGAUUUCCUCCGAUCUGGAGAGGAGCCUCGAGGAUUUUGUCCAGAGGAACAUCCUGGUGAGGGGCACCUUGAGGAGAUGCCAAGACAGCCUCAUGUUCCAGCUGCAGGAGCCGGGUGAGUCGGGGGAGGGAAGAGCGGCGGUCCUGGUGUGUGCAGGGAGUGGGAAAUCGGGGCCGAUCCAGGUGGAGGUGGGGCAGGGCGGGGUGUGGGCGCUGGGCGUGGUGCGGGAGUCCGCGCGCAGGAGGGGCCCCCUGAGCCUGACCCCCAAAGAGGGGGUGUGGGCGCUGGAGGCUUUUCAUUCCCUGACCUCCCCCCGCGCCAGCCUCCGCCCGCAGCCCCCGCCCCGGCGGCUCCGGGUCUCCCUGGACUACGAGGGGCGCCGGGUGGCUUUCUUCAGCGCCGGCGACGACAUUCCCAUCCUGGAAUACACCCGGGCCGCCUUCAACGGGGAGAGGGUCCUGCCCUGGUUCAAGAUGGGGAUGGGGGCGCGGCUGCUGGAGGUGACGCGGGGCUGCGAGGACCGGGCGGUGGCCGGGCAGGUCACGUCGCCGCUGGACUGGGUGGGCUUCGGCUUCUCGCUGCGGAUCUGCCCCUGAGGGGCUGCGGGGACGUGUCCCGAGCGAUGCCGCGGGAAUUCGCCGCCGCUCUGUGUCCGUCGGGAGCUCUGGGAUGGCCCCAGGGAUCGGCCGGCGGCAGAGUGGAGCCCUGGGGGCGGAGAGCCGGGUUCCGUGUGCGUGGAUUUUACCUUGUACCCUUGGCAGGAUGGAUCCUCCCGCUUUCCUCUCUUCCCAAAGUGCUUUUUGUCCAGGGUGUGUCCUGAACCCUUCACCUCUCGCUUUGGGGAGAUGCUUCCCAUCUCUGUCCACGUCCCAGACGUUUGUCUCAAAUAAAAGAACAUUUUGUGUUGCA